CGAAGUGAACGUAUUCGGUACCAUUACAUUCCGUGACAUAUGUCAUUGCGAACCACGAUUCUUCCGACAGGCUGGUUCACUUGUUUCAGCACAAACAAUUUGUAAUAUCACCUAUCAUUUAAAUCGUGUUGUGCAUCCGUCGUACGCAUUAGUCGACUGAAAAAAAAGAAUCUUUCAGAUUUUCAUCACACCACCGAAGUUCAUUAGCUCGAAAAUUGAAAAAUGUUGUCAAACGUGCGUAUGCUGACUCGUCGCGCUUUUUCCACAUCGCAUAAAUUGGCUGCACAACAGCUUACCGUUCGCGAUGCAUUGAACCAGGCGAUGGACGAAGAAAUGGAAAAAGAUGAACGUGUGUUUAUCUUAGGUGAAGAAGUGGCCCAAUACGAUGGUGCAUACAAGGUUUCCAGAGGCUUGUGGAAAAAGUAUGGUGAUAAGCGUGUCAUUGAUACUCCAAUUACUGAAAUGGGCUUUGCCGGUAUCGCUGUUGGUGCUGCCAUGGCCGGACUUCGACCAAUUUGUGAGUUCAUGACAUUCAACUUUUCCAUGCAGGCCAUCGAUCAGGUGAUAAACUCGGCAGCCAAAACAUUCUACAUGUCAGCUGGUACUGUAAAUGUGCCGAUUGUUUUCCGUGGUCCAAACGGUGCUGCUGCUGGUGUAGGCGCACAGCAUUCACAGUGCUUUGCCGCUUGGUUCGCUCAUUGUCCUGGAUUGAAAGUCAUUUCGCCAUAUGACAGUGAAGAUGCAAAAGGUUUGCUGAAAGCUGCCAUCCGUGAUCCGGAUCCAGUUGUAUUCUUGGAAAAUGAAAUGGUGUAUGGUGUUCAAUAUCCAGUAUCGGAUCAAGUAUUGGACAAAGAGUUUGUGUUGCCAAUUGGCAAAGCCAAGGUGCAACGGCCCGGAAAGCAUGUUACAAUUGUUGCUCAUUCAAGACCUGUCGAAGCGGCCCUCCAAGCAGCUAACGAAUUGGCUGGCGCCGGAAUCGAAGCUGAAGUCAUUAAUUUGCGUUCAGUGCGACCACUCGAUGCAGAAACGAUCUUCAAAUCUGUUCAAAAAACAAAUCAUCUCGUCACUGUUGAAGGCGGUUGGCCACAAUGCGGUAUUGGAUCUGAAAUUUGCGCUAGAUUAAUGGAACACGAAACAUUUUUCCAUCUCGAUUCUCCAGUCAUCCGCGUUACCGGUGCUGAUGUGCCCAUGCCAUAUGCACAGACAUUAGAAGCCGCUGCUUUACCACAAGCCAAAGAUAUCGUGGCAGCCGUUAAGAAAGUGUUGAAUGUUAAAUAGAUACGCGAGACGACGUUGAAAAUAAAUUUUUAAAAUUAAAGACAUGUCUGACGUAAAUUUUUAAAUUGAUAUUGUCACAUCGGAGUCUCUAUUUGUCGGAGGCGUAUAUGUAAUUGUAAAUAUUCAUCGAAAGAGAUUUUGGAGGAAUAAAAUUCAUCUAAAAUAA